ACUCCGUGGGCAGGGGCGGGGCCGCGUGCUCGGGGGCGGGCGCCGCGACGGCGGCACGGCUGACGUGGAGGGUCCGGGUUAGCGGCCGCGGCGAGCUGCGAGAUUGGGGAGCGCCGGGCCGGGCCGGGCCCUUGGGCCCAAGGCGGCGGCGGCGGCGACAGUAUAAAGCCGGCGACGGGGAGCAUGUAAUGUCGGAAUGCGGAGGCCGCGGCGGCGGCAGCAGCAGCAGCGACGACGCCGAGGACGAGGGUGGGGGCGGCGGCGGCCCCGCGGGCUCCGACUCCCUCAGCCCGGCCCCGGCCGGAGCAUCCUCGGCGGGCCGGCUCCUCCGCGGGCUGCGCGGCGCCUCCCUCAUGGCGCGCCGGCGGCCGGAGCUGCUCUGCGGGGCCGUGGCGCUCGGCUGCGCGCUGCUCCUCGCCCUCAAGUUCACCUGCAGUCGAGCAAAAGAUGUGAUAAUACCAGCCAAGCCACCUGUCAGCUUUUUCUCCUCGAGGUCGCCAGUCCUUGACCUCUUCCAGGGCCAGCUGGACUAUGCAGAGAAUAUUCGCCACGAUUCAGAGGUGAUACUGCUGUUCUUCUAUGCCCCGUGGUGUGGACAGUCCAUUGCUGCCAGGGCAGAAAUCGAACAAGCAGCAAGUCGGCUUUCAGACCAGGUAAUGCUGACAUUCAGCCUGAGCAUCAAGUCGCCAGUCCUUGACCUCUUCCAGGGCCAGCUGGACUAUGCAGAGAAUAUUCGCCACGAUUCAGAGGUGAUACUGCUGUUCUUCUAUGCCCCGUGGUGUGGACAGUCCAUUGCUGCCAGGGCAGAAAUCGAACAAGCAGCAAGUCGGCUUUCAGACCAGGUAUACAUUACAGGUUUAAUGCAUGGUAUAUUAUUUUUAUUUUUUAAUUUUUAUUUUUUUGGUACUAGUUUUGGACCAAUCGAAUACAAAGGCCCCAUGAGUGCUGUUUACAUUGAGAAGUUUGUCCGCCGGGUGAUGAAACCACUUCUCUACAUCCCAUCUCAAUCAGAAUUACUAGAUUUUCUCUCAGACUACGAGCCUGGAGUACUCGGGUACUUUGAUUUCAGUGGCUCACCCCAGCCUCCUGGUUAUUUGACCUUCUUCACUUCAGCAUUGCAUUCAUUAAAGAAAGAUUACCUAGGAACAGUACGAUUUGGGGUUAUCACAAAUAAACAUCUUGCGAAACUGGUAUCCUUAGCACACUCUGGAAGUGUGUAUUUACAUAGACAUUUCAACACAUCACUUGUCUUUCCCAGGGAGAUCAUAAACUACACGGCUGAGAACAUCUACAAGUGGGCCUUAGAAAACCGGGAGAUGCUCUUUCGAUGGCUGCGGCCACAUGGAGGCAAGAGUCUCCUGAUGAAUAACGAACUGAAGAAAGGACCGGCACUUUUUUUGUUCAUACCUUUUAAUCCCUUAGCCGAAAGUCAUCCUUUAAUAGAUGAGAUCACCGAAGUGGCCUUGGAGUACAACAACUGUCACGGGGACCAGGUGGUGGAGCGCCUCCUUCAGCACCUGCGGCGAGUGGACGCUCCAGCGCUGGAGUCCCUGGCACUGGAACCGCCGGCACAGCUGCCAGACCCGCCGCUGAUCACAGCUUCCCCCUGCUGCAACACCGUAGUGCUGCCCCAGUGGCACUCCUUCUCCAGGACCCACAACGUGUGUGAACUGUGUGUCAACCAGACCGCGGGGGGCAUAAAGCCGAGCUCGGUCAGCAUGCCACAGUGCAGCUUUUUUGAGAUGGCAGCAGCUCUGGAUUCUUUCUACCUCAAGGAGCAGACCUUUUAUCAUGGGGCAUCAGACAGCAUAGAAUGCAGCAAUUUUUUAACUUCCUAUAGCCCUUUCAGCUACUACACUGCAUGUUGCAGGACCAUAAACAGGGGUGUGGCAGGCUUCAUUGAUUCUGAACAAGAUGUCUUUGAAGCCCCGACCAUUGCAUUUUCUUCCCUCCAGAAGAAAUGCGAGGUUGAUGCUCCAAGCUCCGUUCCUCACAUUGAGGAGAACAGGUAUCUCUUCCCUGAAGUGGACAUGACUGGCGCAAACUUCACAGGCCUGAGCUGCAGAACCAACAAGACCCUGAACAUCUACCUUUUGGAUUCAAAUUUAUUUUGGUUAUAUGCAGAGAGACUGGGUGCUCCGAGCUCCACUCUGGUAAAAGAAUUUGCUGCAAUUGUUGAUGUGAAAGAAGAGUCCCACUAUAUCUUGGAUCCAAAACAAGCUCUUAUGAAGUUCACCCUAGAGUCUUUUAUUCAAAACUUCAGCGUUCUCUACAGUCCCUUGAAAAGGCAUCUCAUUGGAAGUGAGUCUGCCCAGUUCCCUUCUCAGCAUUUAAUCACUGAAGUGACAACUGAUACCUUUUGGGAAGUAGUCCUUCAAAAACAGGACGUCCUGCUGCUUUAUUAUGCACAGUGGUGUGGUUUCUGUCCAUCCCUCAAUCACGUCUUUAUCCAGCUAGCUCGUCUCCUGCCAAUGGAUACAUUCACUGUAGCAAGGAUUGAUGUGUCUCAGAAUGAUCUUCCUUGGGAAUUUAUGGUUGACCGUCUUCCUACUGUCAUGUUUUUUCCUUGCAACAGAAAGGACCUCAGUGUCAAGUACCCCGAAGACCUCCCCGUCACCCUUCCAAACCUGCUGAGGUUCAUUCUCCAUCACUCAAACUCCGUGUCGCCCCGGAACAUGGCUGACCCUCCUACCAAAGAAUGUCUUCGGAGCGAGGCGGUCCUACAGCAAGGGCACGUCUCCCACUUGGAGAGAGAGAUCCAGAAGUUGAGAGCAGAAAUAAGCAGCCUCCAGCACGCGCAAGGGCAGGUGGAGUUGCGGCUGUCCAGCGCCCGCAGGGACGAACACCGGCUGCGGCGACAGCAGCAGGCCCUGGAGGAGCAGCACCGCCUGCUCCAGCAGCACAGCGAGCAGCUGCAGGCGCUGCACGAACAGAAGACCCGUGAGCUCGAGGCGCUGGCCCGGAAGCUGCAGGAGCUGGCCGACGCCUCCGAAAACCUCCUCACGGAGAACACCUGGCUCAAGAUCCUGGUGGCGACCAUGGAGAGGAAACUGGAGGGCAAGGAAGGAGCUGAAAACCCGGCUCCCCCGAGAAAGGCACACCCUGAGCACCCCGAGCCCUCAGGCACCCCCCCCUUACCUGGCAGCACCCCACCACCUUCCAACGUCAGCUCCACGCUGGCGUCCGAAAGGAGUGACAACAGGACAGACUAACUCUCAAAAUGACAUGAAGAAAUCAGAGAUGAAAACUGUACAUUGGGAAUAUAUUUAUGCAAAUUUUAUUGAAAUUUAUUGUAAAUAAAGAUUUUCUCAGUGGUCUAGAAAAUCA